CAAUGGGACUAACGAGAUAUAAAGGUCCCAACUAAAAUAUUGAAACUGCCAAACACUAUUCAUAUAAAAUAGUUCCACAAUGUUGGAGAGUUGCUAAGUAUCAAAUUGUUUUCCUGUUUGCAAAUGAUUGAAAGCCGGUCAUCUUCUUGUUGAACUUCUCAAAGCUCACCUGGUUGUUGUGUCACUAAUGUUCAAUACUCUUGCUUUAGUGAUUUAUCCAUCUGCAGAAUUAUACUCUUUUAAAAAGAAAUAAGUGGAGCUAAGUUGUUGUAUAAGUAAGCUACAAAGGUGCAUAUAAGAACAUCGAGGACACCAAACUAUGCUAUAGUAGAACAUAUAUAUGCUUAAUCUUUAUAACUGAAAUACCUGGUCGUGGAGUUACAUGAAAAAAGAAAUGUUAUUGAAUGGCCCUCCAUCCUCCGAUAAGAUCACAAAGGUUAGGAAGCAUACCAUGUAGGCAUCAAAACGACUCCCCGAGCUCAUAAACUUGCUUCAACUUUCCUUGUAAUGAUUCCAUAUAUAGUACUUGUCCAGAACUCCUGGACCAAAAUUUGGAGUCGACUAGAAAUAUCUACUAUAUGGAUUAGAGUUAAAGACACGGAGUUAGACCAGAAUUCCAUUGUAAAGCAUAGUGCUAAUGAGUGAAAAAGAAACUGUUCCUGGAAUGAAAAUUUGGCAAGAUUGUUCAUCACAUUCACUAGAACAAUUGGCAAGAUUGUAGCAUGAAAUAAAAGCACACAAACACCAAACUGUCCACUAACUUCAUCAUGAGAUUGCACACCAAGUGUUUGGUAAGUGUCGAGAACAUAAAGCAUACCACAGUCCAUCAAGGAGUGUAGUUGUUCUCAUCAUUCUCCUGCCCGACAUCCUUCACGGCUGCUGCUAGCAUGAACUUCCUACGGGCUUCAAUAGAGAAAACCGAACCUAGAUGAAACUGUACAAAGAUACUAGAUAGCAAACUGGACCAGUCGUACUUGAACACACGCGCGCGCACACACACACACACACACACAUAUAUAUAUAUAUAUAUAUAUAUAUAUAUAUAUAUACACACCAUGUGAUAGCACUAUGUAAACGUCAAAAACACAAGUGGGAUUAUCAAUUGGUAAUGUCCAUUAACAUUACCCUGAUCAUGUAUGAUGCAAACAAAUUUGUUUCAUUUACAAAUACUUUGGAAGCAGACAACUUACUAAAUAUUCAGUUCCUUAGUCAUGUGAAUUGUGCAGUCUUGCCAACCGGAGAGUAGGGAAUUCAUCAACAAAACCAACUUAUGUAGCCAAAUAAGCCAUAGAAAACUAAAUAACUGUACAACAACAAGAAUCGUAAGAGGUCACCAUAAACCAUGGAUCAAUUAUAAAGAAUCUAAAUUGAAAACCAAGGCAAAGAAAUAAUUGUACAAGAAUUAGGCUUUAGAGGAUCAUACUGCCUGCCAAUAGCGCAACUCUACACUCCCACCUUUUGAUACGUCGUCACAACCUCGAUCUAGCUCUCUUCACAACCCUCGAACAUUGUCGUCGAGAAACCCUAAAAGAUAUCUCAAUCCUUGAGAUCUAAUGGAACUAUGAGAGAAUGAGAAAGGCUGAAGGGGAAGUGACUAGAGCGUAAAGAACCCUAAAAUUGAAGGAAAAUACAAUUGGAUUGGUGAUUUCGUCGGUUUGAUUACAAAGGACAUGGAGAAGAAGACGAGGAGUAUUGUCGAGUGGGUACUGUAUAGAAGAAAUUGUAUGUGAAUCAGAAAAGAGGAACAAAUACCAGAGGCCUCUGGCUCUGAUGGAGUUUAAACAGAAUCGUACUAUUGAGAAGGAAAGAAACAUGUCCUGGAAAGGCUUGGCGGCGAACUCUCGAGAAUACAAGAACUGUAUAGAGCUGGGGCAGAUGGAACGACGAUGGGAAGGAUGAAAGGGUGAAAAUAGCUAUAUUAUGAUUUUCACUUUUUUAAUUAUCGAAAAAAGCUCUGUUUGGGUUGAUAAAUUAUCAUUUCUUUUUUCUUUGUUUAUAAUUAGUGUGUAGUUUAGUUAUUUGUGGCAAUUAUAUUUGCCUCUAAUCAUAACACUUUUACCGGCUAUUCCUUCUGUCUUUAAAUGCUAUUUUACAAUUAAGUUGCUUGUAUAGUUGUAUUCACAAUAACGUACAUAAUUUUUAAGUGAAAAAGAAACAAUUAGAGGCAAAUAAAAUUUUAUUUGGGGACAAAUAAUUAAUUGUCGCUAAACACUAAGUUUUAGGGACAAAUAGAAAAAGUGCCUCCACUAUUAGCCGCUAAAGCUUGCUUUUCUUGUAGUGGAAUAUCUCGAUCAUUUUUAAAAAUAUAUUAUCUGGCUAUUAAUAUAAUAAAAUAAAAUACAUAAAAGCUUUAGAUUAUCAUGGAAAAUAUUAUUUAUUGCUAGUUAAGUAAUAUAAUUACAGUUGAUUGCAAAUUAAUAUCAAUAAAUCCGCUGUAGCUGGUAAACAAUUGAAAUCAACCAAUCGUUCCUCAAAAGGGAACUCCGGGUUCUAGUCCCGGCAGCGGAACAACCUUUUUUUUUUUCCUUAAAUUUUUUUAUUACUGCUUCUGUCCAUUAAUUAAAUUCCCAUUAUUUGAAAAAAAAUACAGGUAAAUAUGGAAAUCUUGGUUAAUUCUGCUCUUAUGAAUAACCUAAUCAACUUAUGCAUGCUAUGGUCGAUGGCAGUGCAUGCAAAGCUAAGAAGCCUAUGUAAAUGCAUGGUGAAACCCCAGCUGUGUAUUAUUGAGAUGUUGAUCUUUAUACAGAGGUUUGGCAACUGAUUGCCGAGAUUACAGCAGGCUACUAACAGAACUAGAAUGUGGCAGUAAACUAGGAACAAAAAGCUACAAUCCACUAACAAUAUAACAGAUCAGAGAACAUUUAGGUGAGAACAUUUAGGUGACACGUUGUGCACUCUAUCACGCCCCCGCAAGUGAAACCUCGGAGAGGUGAAACUUGAAGAAAAAUUGCUGAAAGGGAGAGUUGAGUCAAUGGUUUGGCGAGGAUGCGAGUUGCGCCAGUGCUGGUAGGUAAUGAACUCGAAGUUGCUUCUUGACGAUCCCUCGAGUGUGAUGUGCCUCUGGCAGCUGAGUAGAGCACUGGUAGUCUGACGAUGUGAGAGGGCUUCAUCUUCAACCUAACGGCGGUAGUUUGGCAUUUGAGAAGGGGGAAAGGACAAGCCAUCAAGGGGAGCGAGAAAUUCUGGCAAGAUGGAAGCAAAGCAGAAAGGAGUAGGAAGAAGAAACAGAGGAAACGGGAGAGGUUUGGGGAGGUCGACAUUUUUAUUUGGCUGGCCAAUUGGAGGGUGGAUUGGUUGUUGGGAGACGGUGAGUGAAUGGGAUCAAGGAAAGAUGGGUUUUAAUUAGGAGAAGAAUAAGGAGAGAACAUUGAAGGAGGAGACGAAAUGGGAUUGGGGCUCUCUCUCUAAUUGGGGUGAACAUAAAAGGCAACUAAGAAACGAGAAUGAAGGAGGAAGAAAAACAGAAAGAUCACAGAGGGAAAGGAAAGCUUGACAGAAGUAGGGGAGAGGGAGGGGCAACAUAAGUAAGGUUGAGGAAAAAGGAAAGAAGAUGCAGCGUCGGCGGGUCUGUAAUCACUAUUUUGCUGCCAACGACGGCGACAGAGGAAGAGGGAGUGAAUCAUUUGUAGAGGAAUCCAAGGAAGCAGAAGAAAGAAGAAGAAGAAGAAGAAGAAGAAGGAGAUGUGAGAAUAGUUGUUUCAUAAGACAUGAUGCAUGAGACGGAAGGCCAGGAAGAAGAAGAAAACAGAGUACCUCGUUAGAGGAAAUUUGAGGCUCUGAUACCAUGUAAAUGCAUGGUGAAACCCCAGCUGUGUAUUAUUGAGAUGUUGAUCUUUAUACAGAGGUUUGGCAACUGAUUGCCGAGAUUACAGCAGGCUACUAACAGAACUAGAAUGUGGCAGUAAACUAGGAACAGAAAGCUACAAUCCACUAACAAUAUAACAGAUCAGAGAACAUUUAGGUGAGAACAUUUAGGUGACACGUUGUGCACUCUAUCAGCCUACUCGGUCGCAGUGUCCGCGACUGGGGAAGGAGCGUGUGAAGUUUCGUUUGUAUUUGAAUGGGUUCAUGGGAAUUGACUCCGUCAGAGAUGGAAACGAACCGUAAGUGUUACAAAUAUGAGAUGAUAGUAGAGUAAUUCAGUGAAAUUAGUUGAGAUAAAGUCUUGCACUUAUCUAAAUUAUCAUUGGAUGUAAAUAUUAUUUAAGAUAAGUAAAUAUAGAAGACAUAUAAUUAAAUAUUAAGUCAAAUCAAGAACGAAACAAAACAAAAUAAGACAAGAUGAUAAUAGUACUCAUAAUUCGCCCUACGCUAUUGCAGAUCGAAUAUUGAUUUGCUCCUACAUUAGUCGAAUCAAAUAAUACCCAACGACCACGAGCGAAUUCAAAUUGUCAUCCAAAUUCCCUUCCUUCCCUUCCUUUCCCCUCCCUAAAAUCUAGAUGUCACAGCCUUACAGGGACUUGUAAAACAAAAAGAACUGUUAUGGGCCCAAUGUGCCGUUUAAUUUGCUCCAAAAGAAGACCUAUAUGGGCCCAUGAAAUUAAGGCCGACGGCCCAUCAUACAGCAAACUCUCCCGCCUUUCCUACAACCGCCGCCGUCGACGGAGAAGAACUAGGCUCCGCAGAGGCCAGAGAGGCAACACUGAGAAGAAGACCUCUUCUUCUCGAUUUCAUUACAGGAACCCAGAAGUCCAAAUUUCCAAACUGUAAAGUUCAUUGCUCAGGGUGAAGAAGGAAGAAGAACAAAGAACCAUCCAUGGACGCCGCGAAGAAAACCGACUGCUGCGUAGAAAUCACCUAUAUUCCUGACACCCCACCAAUCCCGCCCGAUCAGCAACCCACCGUGAGUGUGUUUGCUUCUGUGUUAACCGAGCCGAAGCAUGCCAACAAUCUCAUCAGGCGGUUGAAUCAGAUAGUUCCACUUGAGGAUCUCCCCCAUGUUAAGCGAAUACAUAAGAGGCAUCUUGAAGGGAAAGUUCAGCUGUCAAUAAUUUUGUGUCUUGCUUCUGGGAAUGAUGACCAGUGGAUCGCCUUGCCUCAGGCUGUGGAAGAGCUAGUAGAUUCCUACCAGUUGAGUCCUUUUGUAACACAAGUAUGCAAAUAUGCUGCAACAUCUAAAGAGCAGUGGCUGGAACAAUGCAAACUAUGGCCCACAUCCUACCAUCCACCUACUUUCAACAUUGAUGGCAUUACUGGAUUCAGCGACGAGGAUUCACAAUCAGUUUACCGCUUCAUGAAAAUGGCCAUUGAUUUGGCAAAAACUAGGGACAAUUUGAUAACUAAUGCUGCAGUGAUCGUCGAUCCUUCAGUUCAGCAUAUCAUUGCAAGUGCAUGUGAUGAAGCACACUCAUGCCACAAACAUCAAUCGGCUACUAGCUCUUGCAAUAGUUCAAAUGGAAUACAAAGCCAAGGAAGAAAUCCUCAUUCAGGCAAAUCUCUCGAGGGGCCUCAAAGAUUGUGCAUUGUUGCAUCUUGUUUAAAUCCUUGGCAAUGGCCUCAACAAGAAUGCAGCAGUACAUCAACUUCUUAUCCAUGGCAUCCAUUGCACCAUGCUGCUCUUGUUGCUAUCGAAUCUUCUGCUGAAAGGGACAGACGCCUUUUCCCUGGCUCAGAUAAUGUUGCAAAUCAGUCCUUUGAACUGGAGCCUAUGCUCUCUGAUUGUGAAAGGUCAUCUGCAAAAAGGCAGAAACCUGACCGCGAAAACGUGAAGGCCGUUGGGAAUGGGCUGGAUUCUGGUAAUCAUGAUUCUAGUUCUGCAUUGAUGAGACCUUAUUUGUGCACAGGCUACGACAUUUUCCUUGUUUGUGAGCCAUGUACAAUGUGUGCAAUGGCACUGGUUCACCAGCGAAUCAGGCGGAUAUUCUAUGUGUUUCCAAAUGCGAAUGCAGGUGCGUUGGGCAGUGUUCACAGACUGCAAGGGGAGAAGAGCUUGAAUCAUCACUAUGCUGUUUUCCAAGUGAAGUUCCAGAACGAAAGUCUUGUUCUUUAGGCUAUACAGAUACAAUAUGAAGCUAGUUUUGAUCUCACGUUGAUGUUGACUAGAACUGACUAGAGUAGAUUAUGUAUGAAUCCCUUGUUGUGCUCUGAUGUCAUGUCACUAAUACCAGACAGAGUGUGUGAUUACUUAUUCUCUUCGUGAACUUCCUCUUGUAUUCUUUGGAAGACAAUAAUUAUUGCACUUUGAAUGUUGAAGCCAAUCAAUGAGAAUAGUGAGC